UUCAGGCGCUUCCGGUUCACGCGUGGUACGGAAGCGUGGUCGGCGCUCGGCUCACGCGCUGUACGGAAGUGUGUUUAGGCGCACCGGAAGCCACCGGAAGAGAGCGAUGGCGGGUUUGACUGUGAGAGACCCUGCGGUGGAUCGUUCUCUACGUUCUGUAUUCGUGGGUAACAUUCCUUAUGAAGCUACUGAAGAGCAAUUGAAGGACAUCUUUUCUGAGGUUGGACCUGUUGUUAGUUUCAGAUUGGUAUAUGAUAGAGAGACAGGAAAACCAAAGGGUUAUGGCUUCUGUGAAUACCAAGACCAAGAGACGGCACUUAGUGCUAUGCGGAACCUGAAUGGGCGUGAAUUCAGUGGGAGAGCACUUCGAGUGGACAAUGCUGCCAGUGAAAAGAACAAAGAAGAGCUGAAGAGCCUUGGCACUGGUGCCCCUGUCAUUGAAUCACCUUAUGGAGAGACCAUUAGUCCUGAGGAUGCCCCUGAGUCUAUCAGCAAAGCAGUUGCCAGUCUUCCACCAGAGCAGAUGUUUGAGCUGAUGAAACAAAUGAAGCUCUGUGUCCAGAAUAGUCCCCAGGAAGCACGGAACAUGUUGCUUCAGAACCCUCAGCUGGCUUAUGCUUUGCUGCAAGCACAGGUAGUGAUGAGAAUUGUGGACCCAGAGAUUGCCUUGAAAAUUCUGCAUCGCCAGACAAAUAUCCCAACGCUGAUUACAGGCAACCCUCAGCCAGUCCAUGGUGCUGGUCCUGGCUCAGGAUCCAAUGUGUCAAUGAACCAGCAGAAUCCUCAGGCCCCUCAGGCCCAGACUUUGGGUGGAAUGCAUGUCAAUGGUGCUCCUCCUCUGAUGCAAGCUUCUAUGCAAGGUGGAGUUUCAGCACCAGGACAGAUGCCAACUGCUGUAACAGGACCUGGCCCUGGUUCCUUAGCUCCUGGAGGAAUGCAGGCCCAGGUUGGAAUGCCAGGAAGUGGACCUGUGUCCAUAGAACGGGGACAAGGAACCCUACAGCACUCGCCCGUGGGACCCGCCGGGCCUGCAUCAAUUGAGCGAGUUCAAGUGCCGAUGCAAGACCCCAGGGCAGCUAUGCAGCGGGGAUCCUUGCCUGCCAAUGUCCCAACUCCUCGAGGUUUGUUAGGAGAUGCUCCAAAUGACCCACGGGGUGGCACUUUACUCUCUGUAACUGGAGAAGUAGAGCCUCGAGGUUACCUGGGACCUCCUCAUCAGGGUCCUCCCAUGCACCAUGUUCCCGGCCAUGAAGGUCGUGGACCACCCCCACAUGAGAUGAGAGGAGGGCCAUUAGCUGAGCCCAGACCUCUAAUGGCAGAGCCAAGAGGACCCAUGCUAGAUCAGAGGGGUCCACCCUUGGAUGGCAGAGGUGGAAGAGACCCCCGAGGAAUAGAUGCACGAGGGAUGGAGGCCCGAGCAUUGGAAGCAAGAGGAUUAGAUGCUAGAGGAUUGGAGGCCCGUGCCAUGGAAGCUCGUGCCAUGGAGGCCCGCGCCAUGGAGGCCCGCGCCAUGGAGGCUCGUGCCAUGGAAGUCCGGGGAAUGGAGGCCAGGGGCAUGGAUACCAGGGGCCCAGUGCCUGGCCCUAGAGGACCUAUGCCUAGUGGAAUCCAGGGUCCCAAUCCAAUGAACAUGGGAGGGGUUGGCCCCCAGGGAUCCAGACAGGUCCCAGUCAUGCAAGGAGCAAGCAUGCAAGGUGGAACCCAGCCUGGUGGCUUUAGUCCUGGGCAGAACCAGGUCACACCACAGGAUCAUGAGAAGGCUGCUUUAAUUAUGCAAGUUCUUCAACUUACUGCAGACCAGAUUGCCAUGCUUCCUCCUGAGCAAAGGCAGAGUAUUCUGAUCUUAAAGGAACAAAUACAGAAAUCCACUGGAGCACCUUAAAAGGUUUUUAAAAAUACCUGGCAACAAAUGUGGAAAUUAAUUCCAUGAUUUUGUUGAAAUGUUGAAAAAAGGUGACUUCUGCAUCCUAACCCUUGAAUGACUCAAUUUGGUGCCAGGUGGAGGACUCCCAUCACCUUCUCUCAGAACAAAAUCAGUUCAUUUUGUCUUAGUUUGUAUAUUUUCUGUGACUUGAAAUAAACUUUGAACACAA